CAGGCGAUAUCUGCUACAUUUAACAGAACUCUCUUCCCGAAAAGCAUCGCCCAUCAUGGUCGGCUCGCUGUCUCUCUUCUCGGUCAAUGCCGUCCUGCUCAUGUCGGCUGACGAUGGAUCUCGCAUCUUCGCCAAAUACUACUCCCCGCCUCAUCCCCCAGCUGGUGCUGCCCCCAAUUCAACAGAUUACCCCGGCGCCAACCCCUACCCGACGCUGAAGGAUCAAAAGGCCUUCGAGCAGGGUCUCCUCGAGAAGACCAACAAACAGACCAGUGAUGUGAUCCUCUACGACAACCGGGUGGUUGUCUUCAAGAUGGAAAGUGACGUUAUGAUCUACGUGGUCGGAGGCGCCGACGAGAAUGAGGUUUUGCUGUACAAUGUUGUUCUAUCAUUGCGGGAUGCUCUGGGCAUUCUGUUCAAGGGCGCCACCGAUAAACGCACAAUCGUCGAGAACUACGACCUGGUCGCGCUUGCUAUUGACGAAAUAAUUGAUGACGGUAUCAUUCUCGAGACGGACCCUGUCAUGGUUGCUUCGCGUGUCAGCCGUGCCCCAGCACCGGAUGCACCGAACCUGAAGAGCAUCGACCUGUCGGAGCAAGGUCUCCUCAAUGCUUGGGAACUGGGAAAGAGGCGUUUGGCGGAGGGAUUAAGGCAGAUGUAAUUGCAUCGUUUUGUCUGGUUGUUAUAAUAUGAUGGGCGUGCAGUUGUUUGUUCCUUGAUUCUUUGCUUCCUGGCUGGUCCUGGCGUGGUUUUGUGCGCGCACUUGUUGCAUUAUGACUUGUUCUUACUCUCUUCUAUUCUCGCCUCGGGCUAGCGACUUAUGCAGAUCUGAGGACUCGAUAGAGAUACUCCAUUUUGUUACAUGGCGGGGAAAGUGGCCUAGACCUGAUGAAUUCUCGAUUGGACGAGUGUGCUGGCGAUGCUCUGUGACCAUCACCGGCGGCACUAAGUGCCUUUAGUGUUUAC